AUGCCCAGAAGAAAUCACCAGCCAGACGGCAACUUUUUCGGAGGGAAAGGACACAGCUACUUCGCAGCAGAAGAAGCUCUGGGCAUUGGAAUUUUCAUUUUGGUGCUGGCAAUUUUACUUAUCUUUGGCUGCUGGUAUUACAGAAGACGCAGUGGCUACAAAAGUCUACGGAGUCAAAGCUCUAGCAAGGGCACAAUACAAACCGUGGUAGGCGAGCGAACAGCACUGGACUGCAAAAUGGCUCUGCAGGAGUACAAAAACUUUAAUGCUGUGGUACCUGAUGCUCCACCAGCUUAUGAGAAAAUUGCUGCAGAACAAUCACCACCACCUUAUUCACCAUGAUAAUAA